AGGGUGUAUGGUUUGUGGGAGACCACGGAGCGCCCAGGCUUGCGCAACUCUGAAAUAAAUAAUCAACGUUUGUCUCUCUCUAUCUCUCUCUCGUCAUUCUCGGCUCGUUUUGCGGACAACUCUCCUUUCACGCGUGUAAAAACCCAGCCAGCGGAACGCGGCACGGACGCGUUCGGCGCUGUGUUGUCCCUUCGCAGGCGCCGUAGCGGGGCUGGCGCCGGGCGGUUCCGGGAGGGCCGGAGCGGAGCGGGCGCGAUGGCUGGGCACAGAUUGGUGCUGGUGCUGGGUGACCUCCACAUCCCCCAUCGCUGCAACAGCCUCCCCGCCAAGUUCAAAAAGCUGCUGGUGCCUGGCAAGAUCCAACACAUCCUGUGCACAGGGAACCUCUGCACCAAGGACACCUAUGACUACCUCAAGACCCUGGCUGGGGAUGUUCAUGUUGUCAGAGGGGACUUUGAUGAGAACCUGAAUUAUCCUGAGCAGAAAGUUGUGACUGUUGGACAGUUCAAAAUUGGGCUGAUUCAUGGCCAUCAGGUGAUCCCCUGGGGUGACAUGGCCAGCCUGGCACUGCUCCAGAGGCAGUUUGAUGUGGACAUCCUCAUUUCAGGACACACACACAAAUUUGAGGCAUUUGAACAUGAAAAUAAAUUCUAUAUCAACCCAGGAUCAGCUACAGGAGCCUACCAUGCCUUAGAGAACAACAUCAUUCCUUCAUUUGUGCUGAUGGACAUCCAGGCUUCUACAGUAGUUACAUAUGUCUAUCAACUAAUUGGAGAUGAUGUGAAGGUAGAAAGAAUUGAGUACAAGAAAUCCUAAAAAAAUGUUUUUGCUUGUCUGGUAUUUUUACCAUUUCCUUCUCAACUGCAAGUUCCAAAACUUGCUUGCUCGUUUACAGCCCUGCACUGUCUCUAACAGCUCAACAAUGUAACUUCUUGUCAUGAAUUUAAACAACCUUGUGUUUGCUUUUCUCUGUAUGAUUUGUAAAAUAUCCCAUUAAGAUAACCGUCUAAAUACUGUUCCUUAAUGUUUAAUAAACUCCACUUCAUAGAAAAGCUGAGCCUGGUGAGGUGUUGGGGAAGAAUGCAGCAGUUGUGGUGUUUGGUGUUCCCCUUCUAAGGGAUGCUUGGACAGGGCUGGAACAGAGAUUGAGGGCUCUGGGAGCAGGCUGGGUUUGCUCCAGAAUCCAGUUUAUAUUUUCUUGUCUCAAUUUAACAUUCUCAACUAAGUUCAAGGAGUAAAAUGGCUUGCUAGAGUCUGAAAGGAUUACAGUUACCUUGUAAUUUCACUGUAGAAUUCAAUCAUUCAAUCUCCAGCCAGUGAGGAGAGGCUUUCCUUUACGUGUGGCUCACAUCUGACACUCCAGGUUUGUGCUCCUUGCUCCAUGCACAGAGGCUCUCAGUGAUGUAAUUCCACGUGACUCCUCAAGCUGCUGAAGGUAAAUCUGGGAUGCUCAAGGAGCAGCACCUUGUGGCUCCUCUGUUCCCACAGCUGAAUGUAUUUUACAGCUCCCCUUUCUCACAACUGCUGUAACUUUCCAACAAAACAGGUUUUUGUCUUUGCCUCCCCCAGCAGAAUGUUUAGGAUGGGGGCAGUGCCCUUGGCCUUUGGAUUAUGACUUUUCCAUCAGCUGGAACCCUUCUUUCUGUGUCAUGAGCUGACUGAAUAACUCAUUUCUAUCCAAAAUAAACCUGCUUUGCCCUGGA